AUGAAGACGACGACGAAAGCAAAGAAGCAAAGCACGCUGAUGGUUAUCCUAAAAGCACCUGCCAGAGUCCUGAAGAAAAUAACAGAAUUCUACAUGAACAGCAUGUUCGAUUGUGCUGCAAGAAUUGGUGAUAACACGGUGGUUAACUGCGGUAUUGCUCCUCAAGUGUCUCAACAGCUACCACGAAACUUCAGCGUUAACUCGUCCAAGGAUAGCAAGCAGGAAGAUGAACUCAGGGAACUCAUUCGCGCCGUAUCCACAAAGCUGAGUGAGGCCAAUGCUGGGAUCAAGACCAUCGAUCCUCAGUUGCAAAGGCCAAUUACAAGCGUGAAGCUGCCCGCUAAAGCAGCGGAGAAGAGGAGUUACAGUGUUGGGAUUGGAAGGAUUGGAAGGAUCGAUGAGGACAUGCCCUGUGAUUUCAAGGAAGCAGAUUCCCCCAUUUAUGCAUACCCGAGAUGCAAAAGCUAUGCUGUUACAAGCAGAAAUGCAGUAGUUCGCUAG